AUGCCGUUGGCACUGCCGUGGGGCCAGAAGAACCCCCGGGGGCUGCAGCCAGCUAGCCCCCUGGAGUCCCACCUAGAGCCCUCACCACCCCCCAACCCGUGCCAGGUUCGCCAGGGCCUGCCUUCCAUCCUCUACCGGGGUGCCGCUUCCUGCCAGUCUUUUUACCUGACCAGGGAAAGCCUCGCCUGGAAUAAACAGGAUGCCGAGAUGACCCUGCCUCCACAGGGCACCAGGCCCCGCGGUCACCGCAGAGACAGGAGCCAGCCGCAAGCAGAGGCCCAAGUCCAGGACCCCGGGAGGCAUCGCUCCCUGAGGCUAGGACCGAGGACUGCCCAAAGGGCCCACAGAGGGGUGGGGGUGGUGUCUUCCCAGAGCUGCCCCCGCCCUUGUGCUCCCACACCUGCAGCCCGCAGCCGCACCCGCUUCAUCUAUCAUCGGGGACCACCCACUAGGACCCACGUCAGCAGGAAGAGGGGCAAGUGGUCCAGGAUUGCAGGGGUCCGGCGGAGCCACACUCGGGUGCCAGGCUGGGCCCACAAAAGACCGAUGGGGAGCAGCCAAGAGGAGCAGCCCCUGAACCUGCCAAGCCAGUCGGGCCAAGACGCAGACCUCCUGGACGCUGCUGACACCGCCAGGCCUCAGGCCUCUCUCCUGGACAGGCGGCUGCCAGAGGGGGAGAGGCAGCUGCGCGGCAGUGGGCAAGGGCCCUACUUCUACAUCGGAGGCACCAACGGGGCCUCCAUAAUCAGCUCCUACUGCAAGGGCAAGGGCUGGCAGCGCAUUGAGGACAGCCGGCGGGAGGACUACAAGCUGAAGUGGUGCGAGGUCAAGUGCAGAGACAGCUACUACAGCUUCCGGGAAGGCGAACAGCUGCUCUACCAGCUCCCCAACAACAAGCUCCUCACCACCAAGAUCGGGCUGCUCAGUGCCCUGAGGGAGUACUCGAGGGUCGUGAGCAGGACCCACGAGACAUCACCGUGUGCCCAGGCCAAAUCCAGAAAGGACACAACCUCCGCCCUUGAGGAGCUCGCGUGGACCAGCCCAGGAUGCUUUGGGCCACAGAGAGCCCUGAAAAUGGAAGAAUUUUUCCCAGAGACCUACCGUCUGGACAUCAGGGACGAGAGAGAGGCUUUCUUCACUCUCUUUGAUGAAAAUCAGACGUGGAUCUGCAAGCCCACGGCCUCCAACCAGGGCAAAGGCAUCUUCCUGCUCAGGAACCAGGAGGAAGUCGCCGCCCUGCAAGUCAAGACCCAGAGCAUCGAGGACGACCCCAUCUACCGCAAGAUGCCGUUCCGGGCGCCUCAGGCGCGGGUCGUGCAGAGGUACAUCCAGAACCCACUGCUACUGGAUGGGAAGAAGUUUGACGUGCGUUCCUACCUGCUCAUCGCCUGUGCCACGCCGUACAUGGUCUUCUUUGGUCACGGCUAUGCCCGCCUCACUCUCAGCCUUUAUGACCCCCAUUCCAGCGACCUCAGUGGCCACUUGACCAACCAGUUCAUGCAGAAGAAGAGCCCCCUGUACAUGCUGCUCAAGGAGGACACGGUAUGGAGCAUGGACCACCUCAACCGCUACAUCAACGACAAAUUCCGGAAGACCAAGGGACUCCCUAGGGACUGGGUCUUUACUACCUUUACGAAGCGGAUGCAGCAGAUCAUGGCUCACUGCUUCCAGGCUGUCAAGUCCAAGCUGCAAUGCAAGCUGGGCUACUUCGACCUCAUUGGCUGUGACUUCUUGAUCGACGAAAACUUCAAGGUGUGGCUGCUGGAGAUGAACUCCAACCCCGCCCUGCACACCAACUGUGAAGUCCUGAAGGAGGUGAUCCCGGGCGUGGUCACGGAAACCCUGGACCUGGCGCUCGAGACCUUCCAGAAGAGCCUGCGCGGCCAGAAGAUGCUGCCUCUGCUGUCCCAGCGCCACUUCGUGCUCCUGCACGACGGCGAGGCCGACCUCUGGCCGCGCCCCGGGGGCUCCCGGGGCGCCCUGCGCCCCCCGCCCCCGCUCCGCGCCGCCCCGCGGCCAGGCGCGCGCACGCCCGCACCACCCCGGGGGCCCGGCGGCGCGCACGCGCGGCCCCGACCCCCGGGCCGCGGCCCCGACGGCGGCGCCCAGAGCCGGGAGCCCGGGGCCGAGCGGCCGCGAGAGGGAGCAGGGGGCCCGGCGCGGGAGCCGUCCCCGGGGCUGGCGGAGGAGGAGCGCAAGAGCGCGGGCCAUCGCGGCUCCUAGCGGGCGGGCCAGCGGCGCCCUCUGGGACCUAUAAAGGCUACUUUGUUACCGACGGCCCGUGCUGCGGGUCAGGUGGCCCCAGGCCUCCCCGACGCUCGCUCCCCAAGGCGCUCCCGUGGGGGCUUCUCUGCCGCAUUGCUGGGCCCUGUGCUUGGAGGCCUAGGGUGGAGGGAUGCGGGGGUGUUGUCCUACUGGAAGGGGGAUGAGCUCCCCACAGCCUCCUUCCUGCUCUGCCCUGGGGGCGGGGGGCGGGGGGGGGCUGCCUCUGUCGCGGGGAAGCCCGCAGGUCCAGGGCUCCUCCACAUCACCCUGUGUCCCUCACAGACCAGGACUUUCCCGAAGUCCCACAACCCGCAUGAGCCCUACUGCCUGGCUCUGUGAUCCCCAGGAAAGGAUCCGGAUCCCCAAGCAAAGGAGGGCUUGCUCAAAGCCGAGAUCGUUCCACAGAGGCGGCCCCAAGGGGGCCUGUCCAGGCACAGCUCCUUUCUGGGCCAAGAAGGUACCCGGGCUCUGCCCUCUCCACCACCUCCACGGGCCCUAACUUCCCUGCAGGCCUGGAGCUGCAGAGGCCCAGAGGGCAAGGCCGUGGGGGGGGGGGGGGCACAGCCAUGGCAGGACAGCCCUGAAGGACGUGCUGAGCCGGCACUGGCCCUACCCCGGCCGGUCCAUGAAUGGCCUCAGGUGUUCCCGUUGCCCAUGGACCCAGACCUCAGGUUGGGG